AUGCUUGUGCCACCUGCUAACUUUGGCAUUGCCGAAGAGGGAAUAUAUAGAUGUUCAAGGAUAGAGACAAUUAACCUAUCUUUCCUUGAAGUACUGACAUUGAAGUCAAUAGUGUUUGUUGGGGGGCAAGAACCUUCAAAAUUUUUCAGGGAAUUCUUUGAGAGAUGUAAUGUUCAACUGUUUGUUAUUAAACGAGUGCAGACUUCGUCCACGUUGGCCCCCCCUAGAAACAGUGUAACCAAGGAGCAGCCAGUUGAAGAGUCUGAUUUCAGCAGCGGAUGCCAAUCAGUGUCUCAAUAUAAGCUGAGCGAUUCUGAUGAUCUCAUGAUCAUCAAAAGUACUAGUCUGCAGAAGAUCUUUCGGUUAAUAAUGGACACAACUAACCACAACACCCUGUUAGUUGAUAAAACUUCUGUUGUUAUAGGACUCCUGAGGAGAAUACUAAAAUGGAACAUAUCAUCUAUAAUUAGCGAGUACAGACUUUACACAGGCAAAAAUAGCAAUUAUUUUGCAGAAACGUUCCUAGAAGUCAUCAACGUGAAUAUAAUCCAAAACAUGGAGAAGUCUGUCAGAGAGGAUGUAUCUCGGCUGGACAUCCAUGACGAUACGAAUACCAUCGAUACGGAGCGGAAAACAUCAUCCCGAAAAGUGAUAAACGAAGCUGAUCUGUCUAUGGAACCUGAGCUGCCGCAGCACAUCUUAACAAUCAUAGAUCAAGUACAAGAACACACCAGCAAGGAGGAAGGUAGUUUGGUUUCAAUGGACGUCCAAAGAGUUCCUUCCUCUAAAGGUAUAUUUGGAAACCGAUAUCGUCUCGCAUUCAAUAAACGUGAACUAUCUGAAUAUGAAUACUACCGCAGUGAUAGCUCCAACGCGGUAAAAAUAACCAUCCCAAGAGAAUCGUUGCUACCGGAAUGGUUCAAACUCCAGAGGGACUUAUGGGAACAAGAAAACACUAAACAGGUGCACAACUUCUAUACAGAGCGAAUUUUUAUCUAA